CAUUAGCUCAGUAGAGGGAGCGAGAGAGGGAGAGAGAGAGGGAGAGAGGGAGAGAGAGCGAGAGAAAAGCUAAACAGGUGGUCUGAAAACACACAGAGAAAACAAUGUCGUCCGGCGGGGAGAAGCGGAAAGCCCUCUAGUCCUCCUCGCUUCUCUAAAGGAAUACCGGAGGACAGCCGAACAAACACUAACCCCAUGCUCCUUCUCCAUUCUCCCACGGAUCUCUCCUCCUCCUCCUCCUCUUCUCGGUGGUUUUACUCCGACUCUGGGCUCCUAACAUCUCGGAUCCUAAAACCAUGAAAGUCACGGUGUGUUUUGGCAGGACCCGGGUGGUGGUGCCGUGCGGGGAUGGAAAUAUUAAAGUGCUCACACUCAUCCAGCAGGCUGUCAUGAGAUAUAAGAAGGCUAUAGCCAAGGAUGCCAGUUACUGGCUGCAGGUCCACCGGUUGGAGCACGGCGACGGCGGCAUCCUCGACUUGGACGACGUACUCUGCGAUGUGGCCGACGACAAAGACAGGUUGAUAGCAGUGUACGAUGAACAGGAGCCCCAUCAUGGAGGCGACGGUACCAGUGCCAGCUCCACAGGGACCCAGAGCCCCGACCUGUUUGCUGCAGACCUCAGCGCCGGCAGCGGAGCCUCGGCCUUCCAGCCCUACCAGGCUGCCAGCGAGAUCGAGGUCACGCCCUCCGCCCUGCGCACCAAUAUGCCCCUCCACGUCCGGCGCAGCAGCGACCCCGCGCUGAUGACCAUCAACGGGCCGUUCAACGGCGGCGAGCCGCGGGUCCAAACGGAAGAGCCGCCGUCGAGGAAGAACCCGACCCGCUGGUCCACCACCGCUGGCUUCCUGAAAGCUCGCCACAACUCUGGCACCAACAGCCUCGAGAGGAAGGGUAAAGGUAUGGACACGUACCGCAGUCUGCCGCGGGAUGCAGGAACGUGGGCCAAUCAGAGAGAGUUUCAGAGAGAGACGGCCCGCUCAUCACUCAGCGCCAAUCACCCCAUGGUGGACCGCUGGCUGGAGAGACAGGAACAGGAGGACGAGGCCAGAGAAGAAGAAAACGGCCGGAUCGAGCCGGUCGGUCGAGCCGACUCCUGCAUGGACCACACCCCCGUGAGGUCACUAGAAGACAUAGUCAAACUGGUGGAGGUGUCAAACGACGGUGGGCCCCUGGGAAUCCACGUGGUGCCUUUCAGUGGCAGGGACCGCAGGACUCUUGGCUUGUUGGUCAAGCGUCUGGAGAAGGGGGGCAAGGCCGAGCAGCAGGGCCUCUUCCUGGAGAACGACUGCAUCGUCCGUAUCAAUAACGGAGACCUGCGAAACAUCCGCUUUGAACAAGCUCAGAACAUGUUCCGUCAGGCCAUGCGCUCUCCUGUCAUCAUGUUCCACGUGGUGCCGUCGUCCAUGAAGGCCCACUACGAGCAGCUGUCCCACGCCGAGAGGAACCCGGCGUACGCCUCGGGCCGUUUCAGCCCCGACUCCCUGACCGGCAGCACCGUCUCCGGCGUGGACCACGCGCCGCACAGGAUGUCCCGGCACGGUUCCCAAACACACCCACACUCCCAUCCGCAUCCUCAAUCCCACGCUCACCCAGACCCGACUGGUGACGGCUACCCCCCUCUGAAUCACCCGGGAGUCUCGGCAGCCAAGCCGCCAACGGGACACACCCCCUCGCCUCAGAGGGGGCUAAACGCCACGCCAACAGCAGGAUAUACCAAAAAAGUCGGGAGGAGGCUCAACAUCCAGCUAAAGAAAGGUCCCGAGGGUCUCGGCUUCAGUAUAACGUCCCGGGACGUCCCCAUCGGCGGCUCGGCACCCAUCUACGUGAAGAACAUUCUGCCUCGGGGAGCUGCCAUCCAAGAUGGCCGCCUCAAGGCAGGAGACAGGUUGCUGGAGGUGAAUGGCGUGGACCUGAACGGGCGGACCCAGGAGGAGGUGGUGUCUCUGCUCAGGGCCACGCCCAUGGGCGGGGCUGUGGGGCUGCUGGUUCUACGGCAGGAGGAGACUUUCCUCUCCAGAGAAGUGAAUGCUGAGCCCCAGAUGCAAAGCCCAAGAGAUGUGCAUCCAAGGCAACCCGCGACAGCCGUGAAACCCCAUUGGCUGAUUGAGAAGACGGAGGAGGACGAGUUGGUCCUGACUCCAGAUGGGACCAGAGAGUUCCUGACCUUUGAGAUCCCCCUCAGUGACUCCGGUUCAGCUGGGUUGGGUGUCAGCGUCAAAGGCAAUCGCUCCAAGGAGAAUCACGCUGACCUGGGCAUCUUCGUCAAAUCCAUCAUCAACGGAGGGGCAGCCUGCAAGGAUGGGCGGCUUCGAGUGAACGACCAGUUGAUUGCUGUCAAUGGAGAGUCGCUAUUGGCCAAAACCAACCAGGACGCCAUGGAGACACUACGCAAGUCCAUGUCAACGGAAGGCAACAAACGCGGGAUGAUCCAGCUCAUUGUGGCCAGACGAGUGACUAAAAGAAACGAGGAGACACCAGGGAGCCCGCUGGGGGGCAGUCAGCAGACUAUGAACACCUCCCUGGACGACCACGAGCGCCGGAUCUCCCACUCCUUGUACGGUGGCCUGGAGGGUCUUGAUGACAACUUGAUGCCACGACAAGGAAUGAUGCCACGCACGAUAGGAAACUAUCAGCUCUCACCAACCGUCAACAUGCCGCAGGACGACACAGUGAUCAUAGAGGAUGACCGGCCGCCCCUCCUCCCACCCCACCUCUCUGACCAGUCGUCAUCCAGCUCCCACGACGAUGUGGGCUUCACCGCUGACUUGACGCCGCCGUGGGCCAAAGAGCUGCCCCCUCAGAACGACAGCUCCGUGAAUCCAGAUGAAAAUAACCCAGACGGCUCUUUCCAAAGGGAAGGCUUCGGGCGCCAGAGCAUGUCGGAGAAACGCACCAAGCAGUUCGGAGACGCCGCUCAGCUCGAGAUCAUCAAGACACGCAAGUCCAAGAGCAUGGAUCUAGUAGCCGACGAGAUUAACCUCACCCCUCGUCCCGAGACCAACACAGGUUCUUCCACAAAGGAUGUGGGACCAUCACUAGGCUUAAAGAAGUCCAGCUCCCUCGAGAGCCUCCAGACGGCUGUUGCCGAGGUAACCCUCAACGGGGACCUCCCCUUCCACAGACCACGCCCCCGUAUCAUCAGGGGGCGGGGCUGCAACGAGAGCUUCAGAGCAGCUAUCGACAAAUCCUACGACAGACCAGCUGCGACGGAAGAAGACGAUGAGGGCAUGGAGACAUUGGAGGAGGACACAGAGGAGAGUUCGAGAUCAGGGAGAGACUCCGUGUCCACGGUGGCCGACCAGACCCCGCUGUCCGGCACCGAAAAGCCCCUGGUCAACGGCACUAAUCGCACCAAAGAGGAGAAGAAGAAAGACAAAGACAAGGGAGGGAAGGAGAAGAAGAAGCAGCAGGAGGGAGGGAAGGAGAAAGAGAAGGGGAAAGCCAAGAAGGGCAUGCUGAAAGGACUCGGGGACAUGUUCAGGUUUGGGAAGCACCGUAAGGACGAGCGGCCGGGAGAAAAGAUGGAUCGUAAAGGCUCCAGCAAGUGGAGGUCGGAGGAGACGCAGGUUUCAGAUGAGGAGACGAUGAAGAUGAGGAUGGAGCAGGAGAGGAUCCAGGCCAAGACCAGGGAGCUGAGGGAGCGCCAGGCCAGGGAACGGGACUACGCCGAAAUCUUGGACAUAAGCCGCACACUAGAGAGAUCCUCUGAGGAGGAGCACCCGUACGCUGGCAUCAACCCCCUGAACAGCGCUGGGGACAGCGGGCACAGCCGGCCCAGCCCCCGGGACGAUUACCCCACAUCCAAUCCGCACCACCAGCACCAGCACUCCGAUUCCCUCUACACCCAAGUCAGCAAGGCCCGCAACGACCGGCCUCCGUCUGCAGACAGUAACCGGCUAGCCCCUAGCAACCAUGACCGGAUACAGAGGCUGAGGCAGGAGUUCCAGCAGGCCCAGACCGUCCCGGACGACCCCGACGACCGCAGGAGGACCUACAGCUUCGAGCAGCCCUGGUCGAACACCAGCAGCAACGAUCAGGGCGGGUACAGCCAGCCGGGUCGCCACUCGGUGUCGGUGGAGGUUCAGAUGCAAAGACAGAGACAGGAGGAGAGAGACUCGUUCGCCCAGGCUCAGCGGCAGUACAGCUCCCUGCCACGGCAACCCAGGAAAAACCCCAGCACCGUCUCCCAGGAAUCGUGGGAUAAGGCGUACCCACCUGGCGAGGGCUUCCAGACAGCGAAGGACAACCCCAGGUACUCCAGCUACCAGGGCUCCAGGAACGGCUACCCAGGCGGCGGCGGGGUCAACGCCAGAGUCCUCCUGGAAGCCCAGGAGCUCCUGAGGCAGGAGCAGAGGCGCCGAGAGCAGGAAGCCAAAGGGAAGUUAAUGCAGGAGAACAUCGGUAACAGCAGCUACGAGGGGUACCCUACAGCGCACCUGAAGGACCCAGCGUCCCCCAAGGGUCCGUACCGCCACGAUGUGCCACCGUCGCCUUCGCAGUUAGCGAGGCUUAAUAGAAUUGGGUCCGAGAAAGGAAGACUUUUUUAUUCUUGAGGAGUGCUGUUGGACUGAUGGAUGAAGAGCUGAACAGAGAAGAACUUGUGCUUCAGGAGCUAAGAGGGUUACCUUGAAGGAGACAGCAGAAGAGGACGCUACGAAUCUUGACAAAGGGACAACCUAGAGGUCUUAUAGCUUAGCGAUGAUCUUAGAGGUAAACAGACGUGAAGUGUACUCAGUAUGUGGGUGUUUGUGUUCAAUCCCUCGCCGUGCCGACGACCUAUAGUCAGUCAGUCCCUCACCCUCCUACAGACAUGAGACGCUCAGUGCCUUCUCUGCAUUCACGAACACGAUGCUCAUUCGCAGUCGUCCAGGACUCUGAUUCAUCGAGAUCUGGCACCGUCAUGUGCUGACAAUCAAAUGGGCAGACAGGCAAGUGAGUGGGCGUUCUUCCGAGCCCAUGGGGAGGCGUUAAGUUUCUGUGUGGGUUUCUGUGUGGGCAUGUGACAAGGUACAUGUUUCACAAUCAAGCAUGCGUAUCGUGGCUUUACAAAGUGUCCCGCGGAUGACUCGUCCCAUCGGUCACAAAUCACCCUUUCUUCACUUCGCUGGAGUUAACAUUCAACCCCUACCGCUGGCGUUUCUCUGCAUCCUGUUUUCCCUACCCAGUGUUUUCUCCUCAGCGAUCGAGCCCUCUCACUUUGAGUACUCCCCGAGGAGGAGAGAAAACAAGGCAGAGUGUAUGAAAGAAGCAGGGCACAGUGUGUGUGUUAUUAAUAAAAAAAAGCCCCCCUCAUAAAUGAUUCAUAUCGUGUGUUAUCUCCGUGGAGGAGACCCAGGCAGAGAGGGUAGACAGCUCUGAUCCUCUGCCUGGCCCCCCUGCACCGCUCUGGGCUUGACUCGCUGGCCCGCCUGCCUGCCUGUCUGUCUGGAGCUCUGGCUCCCAUCCUCCAUCCUCGUUCUCGUCGCCUCUCUGUUCAUUACCUUCCUUUCUUCUACCUCAACACCCCCACCUUUAUCCUCCUCUCCUUGCUCAUCUCCCACCUUCCUCUCAUCUCACCCCCUCCCCCUUACUCUUCCUCCUGCUACCCACCACCACCCUCCUCCUCCUCCUCCUCGUCUCCCGAGUCAGGCUCUGCACUGAAUUUUUCAUCACAAGCCACCUGCUGCCUGCCAGAGCCAAAGAACGCUGCCACCAGAGGAACCAACAGAGGGCCCGGCUUCUGACAUAAAGAGAGGAAUAAAAGCAAAAAAAAGAGAGCCAGAAUAAAGAUGGGUAGAGAGACAAUAAGCCUGCCAGUGUGAGAUUAGCUGGAGCUUUUCUCUUGUUUUUAACAAAAGGCAAAAUUGUCCUCAGGAGUUAAUUGCUUUCAAUUGCUGUAAUUGCAGUCUGUAUUUUUACCUUUUUAAGCAUUUAGCUGACACUCUUCUCCAAAUUUUACAGAAAUCUUUCUUCCCAAAAAAAAACGAGAAAAAAAAAAAACAUUGCUCAGUUUGGUCUGUGAGUUAUCCAGAGUAGAGGCCUGGUCACACUAGAAAGUGGCACCGCAAAGUUCAUCCGUUCGUCUUCGCAAAAUCGGCAGUGCAAGAACAUUAGUGACACAUUCGCAGCCACAAGCAUGGUCAUAAUAGCUAUCACAGUUAGCUGGCUUGCUAACUGUCAGUUAGCGGACUCGUUACCUCACUCGCUAACAGCACAAUAGAGAGGUGAAGCCCGGCCCUUCUGGUGGACCACCACGGGACCUUAUUUC